AAUUGAUAGCCUCAUUGUAUGCAUGUGUUUGAACCAUAGAUUUGUUGGAACCAUAGAUGUUAAAUUUUGCUAGAUUUGUACAUGAACCCUAGACAUGGAAACUAGAUUUGAAAUGGCUAUGUAUGUGUUGAAAUGGGUAUGUAAGUGUUGAAUGUGUAUGUGUAGGAACCCUAGAUAUGUAUGUAUCCUAGAUUUGUGGAGGAACCCUAGGCAUCAAAUUUCAUGAAUGUGUAUGUGAAGGAAUAACUCAUAUGGUGUUCUAUCCCUAGAUAUGAAUGUAUAUUUAUGUAUUUGAUGUAUUUGUGAUGGCUUAUUUGGAUAUAUUCUCAUGUAUGUGUUGCUCAUAAUAUGGUGUAUUUGUGUAAACAUGUAGGAUGGUGUGGCUCCUAGAUCAAGAGUAUGACAGGGAUCACCGGGCUGUUCAUAUGACGGAGAGGACAACGGAUCUUCACCCUUUGAAGAUUCGUUACCAUGGCACAGUGGAUAUACCGUAUGACGAGAGGUACACGGAGUUCAUCGAGCCUACCGGUCUUCUCCCGUUCAUAUCCCUUGUAAGCCGUGGGGGGCCGAACAUGAACGCCGCGGCACUCACCGCUCUUGUCGACCGGUGGAGGCCGGAGACGCACACCUUCCACUUGAGGGCCGACGAGAUGGCCCCUACUCUCCAGGAUGUUUCCAUGAUCCUUGGACUACCUAUUCAGGGCGAGCCACUGUGUAUGAACACAGCUUCUGAUGGGUGGCGCCAGCAGAUGGAGGCACUUAUUGGCAUGGCUCCUCCGGCGCCAGCAAAUCCAAAGGAGAGGGCUCCCGCCGGCGCAUCUUUUUCUUGGAUCAGGACUAACUUUGGAGAAUGCCCGGAAGGGGCCAACAAGGACACUCGCAGGACAUACACCCGCGUGUACUUGUGGUACAUGAUUUCGAGGACUCUCUUUCCUGACAGUGGGGGGAAGCUGGCCCAUUGGUGUUGGCUGAAGGCGCUUACGGUGUUGGAGCACCGGUGGAGUUGGGGAACAGCGGCACUUGCCUACCUCUACCGGCAGGUGAUG